UCAGAGACGGCUUUUGCCAGCACCGCCCGGCCGUGGUGGGCACGGUGUGGGCAGCAGGUGAGCUGGUUGGAGGACAGCCGGGCUGGGAGCGGCUCGGUCACGCUGCCUCUCCCCCAGGUCUACAUCCGCACGCCUUCUGGGGAGGUGCAGACGGUCCUGGUCCAGGACAGCCCGCCAGCCACAGCUGUGACUGCCUCCACCACUCCCUGCAGCAGCCCCGCGCCCCGCGCCCCCAGCCUGAGCGGGAGCAGCAAAAAGCACUCGGCCGCCAUCCUGCGCAAGGAGCGGCCGCUGCCCAAGAUCGCGCCGGCCGGGAGCGUCAUCAGUCUGAAUGCUGCGCAGCUGGCGGCCGCCGCGCAGGCCAUGCAGACCAUCAACAUCAACGGUGUCCAGGUCCAGGGUGUGCCGGUCACCAUCACCAACACCGGCGGGCAGCAGCAGCUGACAGUACAGAAUGUCUCCGGAAACAACCUGACCAUCAGUGGGCUGAGCCCCACCCAGAUCCAGCUGCAGAUGGAGCAGGCGCUGGCUGGGGAGGCGCAGCCGGGGGAGAAGCGACGCCGCAUGGCCUGCACUUGUCCCAACUGCAAGGACGGGGAGAAGAGGUCCGGGGAGCAGGGCAAGAAGAAGCACGUGUGCCACAUCCCAGACUGCGGCAAGACCUUCCGGAAGACAUCGCUGCUGCGGGCCCACGUGCGCCUGCACACUGGCGAGCGGCCCUUUGUGUGCAACUGGUUCUUCUGUGGGAAGAGGUUCACACGUAGUGACGAGCUGCAGAGGCAUGCGCGCACACACACAGGGGACAAGCGCUUCGAGUGUGCCCAGUGUCAGAAGCGCUUCAUGCGGAGCGACCACCUCACCAAGCACUACAAGACCCACCUGGUCACCAAGAACUUGUGAGGCCAGCGAGCGGGAGGCCCUGCAGACUCGGACCCUCGGUUCCCCCAGUCCCGAGGGCCCGGCUCCUGUGUGCGGUCGAGUCCCCACAGGAAGGGGCUCUGCACCCGCCCUCCCUUUCUCACCUCGGGUGCUGGCCACCUGGCCCAGGGACACUGGCCCUGCCCAGUGCGGCCCUGCCCAGUGGGGCCCUGCCCGAGACGUUCUGACCCAGGACGCGUGGGACCCUUAUUUCCAAAGGAAAACGUGCAUUUCACUCCGUCGAGGAGCAAAGUGAGCCCCCUCCACCCCCCUCCUGCCCCAGCACCCCCAACACUGCCGGGGUCCCAUCGUGCCAUAGCCCCCGCCCCACCCCGGCCACCAGGGACGUCCCAGGGCCCCGCAGCCUCCCCGGGCGGCCGCCCUCGCAGCGGCAGAGACCGCUCCAGACAUUCCAACUUGCAGCCAGGGUCGGCGCUGUGGGCCCCGUCCCUCUGCGGAGAACGUUGCCUUAUACUCUACUUCCGAUGAUGAACACUGUGUAUUGUUUGCUUUAACAAGUUUUAUUUAAUUGCUCCCUUGGUCCCCUCCUGUCAGCUCCUGUGCCUGCUCUCAUUUGGGGUUUGGGGGGGUCAGUGAUGAGGGUAUGAACUUCAUGUCAUCCCGAGUGACACCGCAUUUCCCCAGGUCCACACCCACAGGUGCCCUCCCCGGCCCCUGGCCACCGGCUGUGUACAGUGUAUAUUGUAUAAUAGAUGACUGCGUCUACUACAUGUUUUAAAAACAUAUUGCUUGUUAUUUUUGAGGCUUUUAAAUUAAACAAAUUCAACUUUAUUUUUAGUUGUAACUGCUUGAGGUAUGUUUUCUGAAUUAAGUGACAGAUUUGUUAUCCUUUAUUAACAGUGGACUUUGUUGGUCGGUGCUGGGCUGACAAAAAAAUUUUCUUGCUAAUAAAUUUAGUUGCCUGAGGCAAAAUCUGCA